UCUCAUGGUUACAGCGGGUAAAAAUACUCCACUGCUCUUACAUCAGUGCGGCUCCGUGAUAUUUUGGGACUUCUCCCAUUCGCUUUGGAGUGGUUACUGGGUGUCUGUCUGUCUGUGCCAGCCCUGGACUGUCGCCUACAACGACUCAGUGCAGGGGCGAGAGACGACACUGCGCGGCCUCAGAUUUCGAUAUAAACAUGUUAAAGAGAAGCAGGGGUGCAGCAGUGAGGAAGUACUCGAGAUAAAAGAGGACACCAUGGGGACUCUGGCACAAGAAUGACAGCAGCCGUGAGGACAUGGAAGGGACUGAAGCGUCCAGUCCCGCCGCCUGUGUGAGCACCGCUUCGGCUGCUGCGGGGCUGACGGGGGAUAUGGCCGGAUGUGGAUAAUUGUCUCUUUCAAUUUGGACAUGGCAAAGUGUGCUGUUGAACUAUAUCAAGAAACAUUUCAACUUGUGCUUUACAAAGCAGAAAUGAAGACUUUUAAAAUAGCUUGGUGAUUAGCAUUCAUCUUUUAUCUCAUUAAGUGAAUGUUUUAUUUUAAUUCGCUGGAGGAAUGUGGAGUGCGAUUAUGAACGGCUCGGGGGUGCGCGGUGGGGGCGGUGCAGGCGGGGGCUACGUCCCGUCUCAGGGAUGGGAGUUUGUGCGGUGCUCCAGGAUGGACAGGCCCGAUAGAGGCAGGGGCAAAAAUCGCAGCCCGUCGAGGAGGAUCUCUUCUCCGCCCACCGUCUUCAGUCACAUCUACGACUCGCAGUUCUCUGCUACGGGAGAAGGUGGAGCAGGGACACAGCUUGAGGUCCUCAGGGGACAAAUGUGGCCGGGUCCUGAUGCCCAGCAGCAGCAGCAGCAAACACAACAAACGCGGCUUAAAAAGAAAUUGGAGGAUUUGAAAAAGCGACACAUACAGGAUAAGGAAGAAUGGAUGCGAGAGAAGGAGUCAUUGUUGAGAGAAGUAGCUGACAUACAAGCAGGGGAGAAUAGAAGGAUAUUGCUGGACCUGAAGACGGUUUUGGAGGACGUGCAGGCGGAGGUGAAGAGAGAGGAAGAGAAGAGGAGUGAGCUACAGUUGCAGUACACCAGAGACAGAUGUGCCUGGGAUCUGGAGAAGGCCGAGCUCAAAUGCAGGAUUGCACAGCUGGAGGCUAGAGAGGGUGCUGGUUUGGUCAGUGGAGGGGUCCAGUCAGCCGCAGGUCCUCGAUCUGUGGCGUCACGGAGUGCUCGAGAGCAGCACGGCGAGACAUUGUCUCUCCGCCGGGAGAGGGAAGAGCAGCGGCGGCUCCUGGCGGACACACACUCCACUGCCAUGGACCUGCGCUGUCGCCUGGAGCACAACGAGAGGGACUGGGUGAGGGAGAAAGCCGAGCUGCUGGAGAGGUUUGAUUUGGAGAGGAGGGAAUGGGAGUGCCAGCUGAAGGAUAUGCAGAGAAAAAUAGAGGAGCUGUACUGUGACGUGGGGACCAAGCGAGAAGAAAGCGGGCUGGACAGUGGGAGGCAGCAGGACGAUGAUGCUGUUCACAGACUCAGCAUCCGCUCAUCCAGCACCGGCUCCAGUUUGCUUAGUGACAGCGAGCCGCUCAGCAGCAGCAGUCAGUCGGAGUGCAUCACACAUCCACCUUUACCCAGUUUCAGUGGCAACAGAAACAGCAGCAGUGAAUUUGUCGGCAGAGGCGGUCACCACACCUCUUGCUUACACGCAGACAGCCUGAAUAAAUAUGUUGAUGCUCAGUUCACUCAGAAUGACCACUCACAACCUGAGCUGGAGUUAAGAUACAGAGGCACCUGGCAGAAAGACUCAGACUAUGAUAGCAAGAAAGCUGUGGAUAUCAUGGAGUUGGAUGCUAUGUUUCAUGGAGCUCCUGGCAGCGGAGAGCAACAAAUCGUCUCAAAUGUCACUGAAGGCAAUGUCCAUGUUAGUCCUGAAGAAAGCCUUCAUUGGGCAGAGCUGAGUUACGGAACUGAGAAGAAGAGGAACACCACUGCUCUCAAUGCUGCUCUGAAGGAGAUAGCCCGUGUCAGCGAGGAGCUUUGCAGCUACCAGGAUGAGAUCAGAAAGAAGAGUGGGGAUAAGAGGACUCGAUCUGAAUCCCUGACCUUACCUGAGGAGAGCGACAAGUUGUUCAGUCACGAUAAAACCCAACUGGAGGUGGAUGAUCCUCCCUGCGACCUCAGCCAGAUUUACGAUAACUUUCGGGCCUUGGAGAGGGAGAACUGGAUCACCAUGUCACACGAUAACACCUGGCGGGAUGACAGAGGGCCGAGCAAAUCCUGGAGAGCAAACUCAGCUGAUCCAGACGGCUACCGAGAAACACAGACGAGCCCUGAACUACUCUUUGAGAUCGAUACAGAGGCUCCGACCAUCCCUCCCCGCAUCACCUCCUGGAUUCAGAGCUCCCCCACCCACCCAGACACUGAACUCUACAUCCCAGAAUCCCCCAUGGCCACAAUAGGGAAGUGCCAAAGCCCCUCUGUAAUCGUGGAUAAAAAAUGUAGCAGCCCGUCUAUUGUCAGGAAGUUCGAGGCUAUGCUGCAAGAAAACGAAGGGAAAGUUUUAAAAGACGGCGUCGUAGCAUCCUGCGCUGUGCCUACUAACUCUGAACGUUAUAUGGGCUGCUGCCACAACCGCUGGUCCUGUGAUGGAAGCAAGUUUACCGGCAACAAGCUGUCCACAUGCGGGACUGUCCAGAAGAGCUUCUCUGAAGUCAACAUAUUGACUGCCGGAAAAAAUGAUUACUGCCCAGGAAACCAUAAAAGCCCCGGGCUACAAAUGCCUCCGACUGUCAAAGAAUUACCUUUAGAUCUGCUCUUGUCCUCUCUUGACAUACCGCCUGCUGCCCCCAACCUCAAGGGCUCCAGAAGAAACAUACUGCUGGAGCAAAAAACUGCUGAGUUCAACAGGACGUUGUUUCAGGCUGAGAUGGGCCGUGGCGUAAAGGAGAAGGACAGUUUAACAGCAGCAGAUGUUGGCAGCCAACCAGUCUUUCCACCAACUUCGGCAUCAGAUGAGAUUUUACCUCCCAGUGAGAAGCCAUGUCAGCCACAUUGUACUGGUGUCACCACUACAGUCAUUGGUAUGCAUCCUGAUGUCAUAUUAUCUCCCUCCACCUCAAAUGCAACACCUCAGAACCACAAGGUCCAGCCAAGGCAAAUGAGAUGUAGUCCUGAGGGUCAAGAGGUCAGAAUGAAGCAAGAAAUACCCUCUGAACCUUCAUCCGAACAGAUUCAAGUCAGGGAGGCUGCAACAAUCAUCUCCCCUGCAACCCGUUCUGAGGUCACGCACAAAGUUUCUACAGCGAGCAGUCCUUCCAGAAAAACCCAUCACAGAGCGGCUACAGAGCCUCUCUUCCCUGAGCCUGCAAACACCCAGCCACGUCAGAAUGGGGACACUUCCAGCUCCAAGAAUGGGAAUCCCCAUGGAGCAAAGUGUCAGUCAGCCAGAGGUGGCGUCUCACUCCAGACACAGCCAGGGCAGCAGGCACAGCAGAAGCCCGUUCCUGCUUCCCAGUCGGACUCCUCCAGGCCCGGGCCUCGAAUGAUGAACGAGCAUCCCUGGAAGGCCCUCACUCUGGCCGCAUACCCACGGCCCGAGGGAUCCAGGUCCAACUACGGGGCGGUGGAAAGGAUUCUGAAGAAUUACGAGAGCGCCGCCCGGGCUCAGCUGAACCAGAGCCAGCCAAACAAGCCGGCUUUGAGUCCAAACGCCUGUGUUGGGCAGGACAUAGAAGUGGACAUGCUGGACAUGAACCCUCUGCACUUACCCCCCACUCUGAGACACACGCAGAACUCACACAGCUCACACACCACACACUCACAGCUCAGCAGCUACAGCAACAUGUGUGUGGAAGAGGUACAUCUAACAGUGCAGGACAACGAAGAGACCUCCGACUCCUCCUGCGCUCAGAAGAACUUCUCCAGGCCCGCCCGUCCUGCCAACCGACGCCGCCCCUCCCGAUGGGCCAGCCGCUCCCCCACCUCCUCCUCCUCACCCUCCCCCUCUCCCUCCACCCCCCCCGUUGUGCAGCCAUCCUUCCCCCUCCACAAACACAGUUCCUCUUUUACCUACUCACAUGCCUUCCACAUAGAGACUGUCAUUAUUUGAUAACCUCUGAACACUUUUCAUUACUGUUGUACAUACCAGACCCUUGUUCACUCCUACAGACUCGGAAGUGCUUUAGUUUUGAUUUCACUCAGUUUUUAGAAUGUACAGUAUGUGGUAUCCAGUGGAGCCUAACUGAACAAAAAAGGCAAGGAAAGGAUCUGAAGCAGCUUCACGUAUUCAGCAGUAUGCUUGGCUUCAUGCAUAGCCUCAGUGGAGUGAACACAUCACGCUCAUUCAUUCGUGCCAACCAUCUGAAUGGACGUCCUACGCUCAGGAUUCUAGCCUUGACUAGUGUACCCUCCACUUCUGUCUUAUAUAUACUGUAUCAACAAAGUGAUGCUUGCUUAUAGUCAAAUGAUCCCAAAAACUUCCAGCCAAAUGAAAUCCAGAAUGAUGUAUUUACUAGUACUGUAUUUUGUAAAUUGUGUGCAACAUGUUUUGUGUGCUUUUUGCACAAAAUAUGCUGUUACACACACAAUAUGCAGCGUCAUGGUGGUAGAGCAGAGAUUUCCCGUAAGCAUCUCUCUGUGUGCUGAACCAAGCAGUGUUGAUUUCUGCCUUCUUCAAUAUAUUACCCACAAUACAUGCCUGGACCGUACCUUGACGUAAACACUUAGCUUUACAUUCACGACUGGCUUUAUUUUUUUCUCAUGAUUACAGUAACAAUAAUGUGAGGGUUUUUUUUAUAACUUUGUACCAAAGCCUGGUUUCCUUAUAUGCAUUUUCCUGAUUUAAAAAUGAAAUGCAUUGUUUGUUAUCACAUUUGAUUUUGCUUUCCCCCCAUUGCUGAUGUUUUCCAACAUCAAUCAUGAGAGCCUUCUUUUGUGCAUAGCAGUGAUUACCAUGCUUAUGAUAAAAAGAUUAAAAAGCCUUUUUCUACUUUUACUAACUCUGAAUAGUCACAUAUCAGGACAUUACUCAGCUGAGUAGUACAGGUUUUGGGUCAAAGUGAUGAAUCAUAUCAUGAUGAAGGUGAUGCCUUUGCUGUUCUUUUUGUGUAAUAAACUUAAGGACUGAA